GAUCACUGACCUUAUCCACUCUUCCCUACGCUUCCACCUUUAAUCUUUUUCCUUUAAAAUAAUAUUUAAUACUACUUGCCACCAUUAUGGGCAAUGCAUGCAUCAAAAUAUAAUAUAUAUUCUCCUCGAUGCUUGUGUCCAAAGAUCAUAUAACACCCCCAUUCUUUCCGAAUUAGGAAACUUUUACUGCAUCUCCAUCUCCCUCAACCUCCAUGGCAGGCCCCAACGACGAACGCUUGGAUUUUGGGAAGAUGGGUUACGGAUGCAAGCAUUAUCGAAGAAGAUGUAUGAUUCGAGCUCCUUGUUGUAACGAGAUAUUCGACUGUCGUCAUUGUCACAACGAGGCUACGAAUAUGUUGAAAAAUCCCUACGAUCGCCAUGAACUUAUUCGAUCCGAUGUGAAACAAGUGAUUUGUUCAGUUUGCGACACAGAGCAACCUGUUGCUCGUUCCUGCACAAAUUGUGGCGUCAAUAUGGGGGAAUACUUUUGUGAAUUGUGCAAAUUCUACGAUGAUGAUAUUGACAAGGGUUUGUUCCACUGUGACGAUUGUGGCAUCUGCAGAGUUGGUGGACGUGAGAACUUCUUCCAUUGCAAAAAAUGUGGAACUUGCUAUUCUAUUGGUUUACGUGAUAACCAUUUAUGUGUCGAAAAUUCUAUGCGACAUCAUUGUCCCAUAUGUUAUGAGUAUUUAUUCGACUCGAUGAAAGACACUGCAGUUAUGAAAUGUGGACACACAAUGCAUCGUGAUUGUUACAACGAGAUGAUAAAACGAGAUAAAUUCUGCUGUCCGAUAUGCGCCAAAUCGAUUAUGGACAUGUCCGCAACAUGGAAGAUGAUCGAUGAAGAGAUCGAAGCUACUCUAAUGCCUGAUGAUUACAGACACAAGAAGGUUUGGAUACUAUGUAACGACUGCAAUGACACUACAGAAGUUUUCUUUCACAUAAUUGGACAGAAAUGCCGCCAUUGCAGAUCGUAUAAUACACGGACGAUCGCGCCCCCUGUUUUACCACAAGAAUGACCGAAACGCCCCUUGUUUGUCUCGUAUUAUAAAAUAGGUUGAUUUAUAUACCUCUAUAUAUUCUAUAUUCGCGAAAAAAAAAAAAAAUAUAAUUUAAAAUUGCUGGAUAGAUGGUUUUGGAGUGCAAGAGAAAGCACUGUUUUCAGCCAAUUCUUCCUCCACCUGUGUGGAUUGAAGUAGCCCUUGCUAAGCAACUUGGGUUGUAUAAUAGAUUAAUAGUAAACAUGUUCGCUUUUGUUUGUUUUUUCUUUAUAAUGUUAACUUUUUUUAAGUCGGAUCUAUAUUAUGAAUAUGAAAAUCUCAAGGAAC